UCAUGAUUGUCCGUCAGAAAAUAAGAAUGAAACGGAUCCUACAAGUUUUUUAGAUAAUGGAUUAAAUUGGGAUGCUCACAGAAUUGGUUGGACUGUAUCGGGUUUGUUCGCACUUGUUGCAACAUUAAUCUCGCUUUAUUUGAUUUUCAGGCAUUUACAAAAUUAUACUAGGCCAAAUCAUCAACGAUACAUUGUUCGCAUUAUUCUUAUGGUUCCGAUAUAUGCUAUCAUUUCCUGGUUAUCUUAUAGAUACUUUCGUUAUAGUACUUACUAUGAAACAAUUCGAGAUUGUUAUGAAGCAUUUGCUAUUGCUGCUUUUUUUGCUUUACUUACACAAUUCGUUGGUGAAUCAACUGAAGAACAAAAACAAAUGUUAUUUCAUCGUAAAAAACGGAAGCUUCCAUUUCCUUGCUGUUGCUUUUGGUUUAAUCCAGCCAGCCACUCAUUUCUUGCCCUUACAAAAUGGGGUAUAUUACAAUAUGUUAUAAUGAAGCCUAUAAUUACAUUCAUUUCACUUAUUACCGAAGCUUUGGGAGUUUUUUGCGCGGAAAGUUUGAGUUUUGCUUUUGCUAGGGUUUAUAUGAAAAUCCUAACUUUUAUUUGUGUAACUGUUGCUAUGUAUGCUUUGUUUGUGUUUUAUCUAACGAUUCAUGAAGACAUCGCAGAACAUAAGCCAUUUUUGAAAUUCCUUUGUAUAAAAUUGGUCAUUUUCUUUUCGUUUUGGCAAUCCAUAGUUCUUGCUAUUAUUGCUGACAUAGGUAUAAUCAAAGAGACCCAAUAUUGGACAAGUGCAAAUGUCAGUCGAGGUUUAGCCGCCAUUUUAGUCUGUAUAGAAAUGGCUAUCUUUUCAAUUAUACACAUAUUUGCAUUUCCUUAUCAAGGUUAUAAAGGUGACAAAAAAGUUCCAUUAUCAAAAGGAUUAAUAGAUGCUUUUAAUCCAAUUGAUAUUUGGAGAGAAUUUGUAUUUGUUUGGGAAUAUUUUAAGGGUAAAAUUACCGGAAAACCAACAACCAAAAGAAAUAAAUCAUUUAUGGACAUAGAAGGUGCUAUUAGAGGCGAUUCAACUAAUACUAAUGAAAAACAAUUACGCAAAACUAAUUCUAUGGAUCUCGAAAAGUAA